AUGAAUGAUCUAGCAUCAUUAAGAACAUUACGAAGUCAAUGCGCUUAUAAAGAAGAUGUUGAUGUUCGAAGAGGAGAAAAAAUAACUGGUGGAAAUGGUAAAGCACUUUAUAGAGCAGAAUUUAUUACUACAGAUGUUAUUAAAAGAAAAGAUACACCAAUUGUUUUACUUGAAAUGAUAGGAAAUGAUGCAGUUCUUGAAAUUUAUCAUUAUAUUACACUUUCUCAUCCAAAUAUUAUUGAAACUUAUGGUCUUGUUAAACCAAAUAUUGAAACAUUAAAUAAUCAAUCAAUUUUACUUUUACAAGAAUAUGCUAAAGAUGGUGAUCUUAGUAGAUUAUUAACUGAACGAAUUUUUAUUCCAUCAAAAUCUGUACUUCUUGAAAUAUUUAUUCAAGUAGCCGAUGCUAUGGUUUAUCUUUCGAAAAAUAAAAUUAUACAUGGUGAUUUAGCAUGUAGAAAUGUAUUAGUUGUAAAAUCACAUCCAACGAAUCCAAAACAGAAUUUAGUUAAAUUAAUUGAUUUUGGUUUAACACAAAAUGAAACAAUACCAGCACAUGUAGAGGUUGUAUAUCCAAUACGUUAUGCAGCUCCAGAAAUUCUACGUAAUAAUGGUCGAUCGGGUUAUUCAUCAAAAUCUGAUGUUUAUUCAUUUGGUGUUCUCAUAUGGGAAGCUUUUUCUCCUGAGAAAAUAAUGCCAUAUGAUUUUAUUUCAAAUGAUGAUGAAGUUCGACAACGAAAACUUAAUGGUGAAAAAUUGAAACAACCAAAUAAUUGUGAUUCAGAGAUUUGGGCAGUUAUGCUUCAGUGUUGGGAAAAUAAGCCUGAAGAUCGACCCAGUUUCGAAACAAUACAUUCAAAAUUAAAAAAUAUUCAAAACAAAAAUACAUCAUCACCUCGAUUAAACAAUAAUGUUUCAAGUCUGUUCAAUUCUAAUUAUAAUACUGAUCAAACUAACACAUUGCAAUACAUAGAUGAUUCUCAAACACUCAAUUAUGAAGAUAGCUAUAAGAAUUCACCUAGAUUAUCAUUAUCAUCUUCUUCUAAAUCAGAUUAUGAAGGUGUUUUGCCCUGUGAAUUUUGCCAAACACAAUAUUCUAUUCUUGAGCUUGAUACUCAUCAGAUAAACUGUUCGGAUAAUCCACAAAAUUUUAAAAGAAAAUCAGAUAGAAAUCCUAGUCAAUUAUCUUUUGAAUCAGAACGUCCAUGCUCAUCAAAUUCUAAUAAAAAUAGACAUAGUAAACAAUCAGAUACAGCACCAUUGCCAUGUGAAAUUUGUAAUAAAUCAAUUGAUAAAUCACAAUUUGAAAAACAUCAAAUGCAAUGUGCUAAGGAUGAAAAAGAUCGUAUUGAAAAAAAAAGAAGACAAAUUGAAGCAGAAGAUAAUCCAGAAUUUUGUAAUGCAAAAUAUUCAAUAGAUGAAUUCGAUAAUCAUCAGAAUACUUAUUCAUUAAAUCGAUCGAAACCAACAUCUGUGAUAAAUCCAGGGAAACUUGAUGAAAAACCCAGCAAUAACAAAGAAAAGCCGUAA